UACCAAUACACCAUCACCGAGCAGCUAUCAAAAGAACAACAGCAACUAAAAAUAAAAAUAAGCAACACAAAUGAUGAGACAAAAAACUACAACUUAAGGCGAAGCGGAACAAAAACCUGUACCUUCCUUAAAUGAAACAGAGAUGAAUGAGUUAUAUAAGACUGUAAUAAGUUUUAUUAGAGACACACAAAGAUUUUAAAUUUGAAUUUUCCCACUAGUUCAUUUCUUCUUUGUUAUUAUUACCACUCUUUUCUCCUUUCUCUAUCUCUUUACUUCUUUAGUUGUCUUUCCUUUGCCUUUUUUUUGUUAUCGUUGUGUACCGUUCUUAUCAUGUACUCUUGUCCUGUCUUUUGUCCUCAGUCAAUAUGUAAAGAUGUAAUAGGUUCGCCUUCUUCUUUUCAUUAUUUGUACUGAAGCUUUUCACACUUCCUUCUCUCAAAUAAAGGUUUUUAACAACAAAGUGCAAAAGAAACUUAGCAAACAACUCAAACAAUUGAAAGCAAAUGAGAUAGAUAAGAAAACGGAAGAAAUAGAAGCAUUAAAAGACAACGCCAAAACGUUCCAAGGAGUCAAGAACCCAAACACAGCUAAACCAACAGCACUAAUAAUAAAAAAAGAAGACGCCACGAUAGCACAGCCAGACGAAGCAGCUGAAAUAGUCGUCAAAUACUUUAAAAGUUUAUUUUACAAAACAUCAACAACAACCAAUGCAGACGAACAACAACAACAACAACAAGAACAACAACAACAAGCAAAACCACUCAUCAAACCAAUUGGCCAUAAAGAAGUUAAAGACGCCGUGAAAAAAUUGCGCAAUAAUAGAGCAACUGGGCAUGACGGAAUGCCAGGCGAGCUAUUGAUACACAUACUAGGCAUAGAUAUGAGUCGAGCAUUCGAUACGAUUGAUAAAGCUAGAAAUAAGCUGAUGGCACCAUUAAAAGAAAUCAUCGACGACGACAUUUGGAGAAUGGUACAAGCAUUAUUGGACAAUACGAUACUUCAAGCCAAAAUAAAAAACGCAACAUCAGCACCAUUCACAACUAACACAAGCGCCCCGUAA